AUGGCUGCCCAGGAAGCACAUACUCGGGAAAAACGGUCACUCUCCAGCGGCAGAACGGCAACGAAUGUCGAAAAUGCCCAGCCUCCUCGCAAGAGGAGCUUCACGCAGUUCGACGCGGACCACCUGAGCGCAGCAUUUGAGAAUCCUCUGAGCGGCAUCCCCAAGGAGCAGCUGCUACAAAACGUCGAGACCUUCUGCAGAGACAACAAUCUGUUGGAAUACGUCGAUGUCUUCAAGAAAGGGGCCCUGGUUGCACAAAGCCCGAAGAAUUUCGAGAGCAUUCCUGAGCUGUCGCAGGAAGAUCGCGACGUUCUUACACGGGAGCACACGCAUCGAUGGUCUCAACCCUUCACUCUCUACUGGUUGGUCAUCAUGUGCUCCCUGGCGGCUGCCGUUCAGGGGAUGGAUGAAACGGUCAACAACGGAGCACAGGCCCUGUACCUCAAGCAGCUCAACAUUACUACCGAUCGAUUCUCCGAGAAUAUGGUUCUCUCGAUCACGGGAUUAGUCGUCGGGGCGCCAUACUUGGCGUGUGCGGUGAUCGGCUGCUGGGUGACAGAGCCUAUGAACAAGAUCUUUGCUCGCCGGGGGACCAUUUUCAUCUCGUGCUUCAUUGCCGCAGUGGCCUCUGUGUGGGAAGGAGUCUGCAAUUCAUGGGUCAACUUAUUCCUGGCUCGUUUUGUUCUCGGUUUCGGAAUCGGUCCAAAGUCUUCAACUGUUCCAGUCUACUCGGCUGAGUGCGCCCCGGCGCCGAUCCGUGGAGCCCUGGUUAUGCAAUGGCAGAUGUGGACGGCCUUUGGAAUUAUGCUGGGCAACAUAAUGGGCGUUGCAUUUGGUGGUUUAGAUCCAGAUCUCGGCUGGAGGCUCAUGCUUGGUAGCACAGUGGUGCUUCCCCUAAUAGUUUGCGCUCAAGUCUAUUUUUGUCCCGAAAGCCCCAGAUGGUACAUCCAGCACUAUAAGUCAGAAAAGGCAUUCCGGUCAUUCCAACGUUUGAGAUUCACGGACCUGCAGGCGGCUCGGGAUACUUAUUAUACAUAUGUCGGUGUCGAACUCGAGCGCGAGGUCCAUCACGGCAAAAAUCUCUUCACACAGUUUAUCGAACUCUUUACUGUUCCACGCAAUAGACGGGCAGCACUGGCCAGCUUUAUUGUCAUGUUUGGCCAGCAGUUUUGCGGGGUGAAUGUCAUUGCGUACUACAGCACGACAAUCUUCAUUGAAUCCGGCUACUCCACGACAUCGGCGCUAUUGGCAUCCAUGGGGACGGGCAUACUGAACUGGGUGUUUGCCAUCCCGGCGAUAUUCACCAUCGACCGGUGGGGGCGGCGCAACCUGCUACUGUUCACGUUCCCCUUUCUAGCCCUCUUCCUCUUGUGGACAGGUUUCAGCUUCUGGUUCAAAAAUGCCAAAGCCGAAGUAGGCAUGGUGACGACAGGAAUGUAUCUUUUCGAGGUGUUCUAUUCGCCCGGGGAAGGCCCUGUACCAUUCACCUAUUCGGCGGAGGCGUUCCCAGUUCAUGUCAGAGACGUGGGCAUGUCGUUUGCUACGGCAACCACGUGGUGCUUCAACUUCAUCCUGAGUUUUACCUGGCCACAUCUCCUGGGUGCGUUCAAGCCCCAAGGCGCUUUCGGCUGGUAUGCGGCGUGGUGUAUCAUCCUCUGGUUCCUAAUCCUGAUGUUUGUCCCCGAGACAAAGGCCCUCACCCUGGAGGAACUCGACCAAGUGUUCAGCGUCAGCACCCGCAAGCAUAUGGGCUACCAGCUGAGGAAUGCAAUCUGGCAUUUCCGGACUCGGGUGUUGCGACAGAACCUUGAGCCAUUGCCACCAUUCUAUCGACGGGCGGAGAAGUUGACCGAGGCAUGA